AUGUUUAUGCCACGCAGAAGGAUCACCUCACUUGUCCUAGCCUCGAUCCUCGUCCUCGGAGUAUGGUACGUCUACUCUCUACAAGACGUCACUUCAAACGCAACAAAGGCGAAGGCUAGGCAAGGGUACAGAACAAAGGGAAAAUCCUCAACGUCAAGCUCGACCAGCUAUGGCUACAAUGAUGUUCCUUCCAAUAAUUCAAUAGAUGAGAGACCUUUUCCCCAAGGGGCCGCAAACCCGGACUCUCCAGAAGCGGUGGGACCCCCUCCAAGAUUCACAAAAGGCCAGCACACUUUCGGCACACGCAAGUUCCUCGAGCAGAAUCCGGUCAAUGACUACAAAUACUUUUCGAAAGGGUUGCCCUACAAGCUUGCACAGGUCCAGCAUGAUUUUGACGCUGAAACAGACGAGGCGAAGGCUACACGGUUGCGGAGACUGAGUGCUGUCAAGUCGAGCUUCGAGCACUCAUGGGCGGGAUACAAGGCACAUGCGUGGAUGAAAGACGAGCUGACCCCCUUGGACGGCGGGAGCGUGCAGGCUUUUGGAGGGUGGGCUGCUACAUUAGUGGAUACAUUGGAUACGCUCUGGAUUAUGGGCAUGAAAGAGGAGUUUGAUGAGGCUGUCGAUGCUGCUAAGGACAUUGAUUUCAAUUCAACGACUGACAGCAUGCUCAAUAUUUUCGAGACAACGAUCAGGUACCUUGGGGGCUUUCUUGGCGCUUAUGACCUGACUGGUGGCACAUAUCCUAUUCUCCUACAAAAAGCGACGGAGGUGGGAGAUCUACUGUAUUGCGCCUUCGAUACGCCGAAUCGUAUGCCAGUCACACGAUGGAAAUGGAAAGAGGCGCUUGAGGGAGCUCAACAAACGGCGGGCACCGCGACGCUCAUUGCUGAGAUCGGCUCCCUCACCCUGGAGUUUACACGGCUUUCCCAAUUGACGGGUAACUUGAAGUAUUACGAUGCAGUAAAGAGGAUCUUGAACGAAUUCGAGAAAUGGCAAAGCUACACCUCUUUACCAGGCUUAUGGCCAACUCUUAUGAACGCGAAGGCUCUAACUUUUCAGGACAACAGUUACACGCUUGGUAGCAUGGCGGACUCGUGGUACGAAUACCUACCAAAGCAGCACAUGCUGAUCGGUGGCCGAGACGAUGAGGACCAGCUCAAAAAAAUGUAUGAUCUCGCCAUGACCACAGCUAUCAACAACAUAUUCUUUCAACCUAUGGUACCGGACAAUAAGGACAUUCUAAUGUCGGGAGCUGUAGUAGUGGACAGCAUCACUGGAACCAGACUCAGCGCACAAGGCCAGCAUUUGGGAUGCUACAUCGGUGGUAUGGUAGGCAUUGGUGCGAAGAUCUUCGACAAGCCGGAGCAGAUGAACACGGCAAGGAAACUCGUCGAUGGCUGCAUAUGGACAUAUGACAACAUGCCUUCGGGGAUCAUGCCCGAACAAUUCUUCAUGGUGCCAUGCGAGAUGAACUCUGAUUGCCAGUGGGAUGAAAAGAAAUGGGAGGCAACGGUUCUAGAAAGAGCCAAGGGCAAGCAAGAGGCGGGCGAAGAAAUCAGAACCGAUGCACAACUUCUGAAUUACACCAUUCACGAAGAAAAGACCCCCAGGGGCUUCACGGAAAUCUGGGACGCACGAUACCUGCUCCGGCCCGAAGCCAUCGAGUCUGUCUUCGUCCUCUAUCGCCUUACUGGCGAUGCCGACCUUCUAGACUCGGCAUGGCGCAUGUUCUCGAACAUCGAGAGGAAUACGCGGACGGAGUUUGGGAAUGCAAUGAUAUCGGAUGUAAGGAUUGAUAAGUCGGCGAAGCAGAAUAAGAUGGAGAGCUUUUGGAUGGCGGAGACGCUGAAGUAUUUCUAUUUGAUUUUUAGCGAGCCGAGUGUUGUUAGUCUGGAUGAGUAUGUGCUGAAUACUGAAGCUCACCCCUUCAGACGACCCAAGCCCGGCGUAGAUGACGGUCCGCGCUAUGGCUGA